AAUAAAAAGUUGUUGGAGGUAGUGGGGACCCAUGGAGAUUCGAGCGGGACAAGUAAAAGCACAAAAAUGGUAACUUGCCGGAGUAAUGGUGAUGAGAAUUUCUGGAAAAUUAUUAUUCGAUUAGGGCUUAGAAAAAAUAGAAUGGGUCGAAGGAAGUUGGAGAUAAAGCGAAUCGAAUCGAAGAGUAAUAGGCAAAUGACGUUUUGUAAACGCAGCAAAGGUUUAAUGAAGAAAGCAAAAGAAAUUUCCAUUCUCUGUGAUGUCGAUGUUGCUGUUGUUAUAAUCUCUAAUCGUGGCAAGCUCCAUGAAUUCUCCAGCACCAACAGUCUGACAGGGAUCCUUCAACGAUACGAAACCCACGUCGAAGCAGAAAUCCAGGCUGCAGAGCACUCUAAAUACUCAAGCAUGACAACGGGAGAACUACUAGAAGAAACAGAAAGGCAACUCGAGAAAACUAAUGCUGAUGGUCUUACUGUGACUGACCUUAUCUAUUUGGAAAACGAACUUCAAACUUCUCUAAUGCAAAUCAGAUCUAGAAAGACACAUUUGAUGCUUGAAUCUGUUAAGGCUCUUCAUGAGAAGGAAAAACUGCUGCGAAAGGAAAAGAAACAUCUGGAGAAAAAUAGAGCUCGGAUGAAGAAUAACAGAAAAGUGAAUGAAAUGUCUGACCUUCCACCACAGAGGGUGACCCUGAGUUUUCUCUAGUGAUUUAUCAUUGUAUUUGUCAAAUAAAAUAGCCUUUGCAGUGGCUGGCUCCAGGUGAAUAACCGGCGGCACCCUGUAUAAAGUAUCAUUUGUACCUGAAAUACCAAAUCCAGGCAAAGUCUAAAUACUAGUUAUUAUGAUCUUAAAAUUGAAAGGGUGAAGAUGAUCUUCAGCCCACAUGUUUGUGUAUUUUAUAUAUAUAUUC